GGGUGAUGGUAAAAAAAUGGUUUAUAGAACUCGUCACAAGGGGAUUCCUUUGACAGGUCCGCUAAUAAGAUGCAAACCAAAAGAAAUAGCCGAUUCUUUAGGGUAUCCUACAAUCAGUGAUUCUUCCAGUUGGCUCAAUAAAUUUAGAAUUCGGCAUAAUAUGGGUUUUAAAGCGAGAGAAGGAGCGUCAGUUAAGGCUGAAGAUGAGUCAUCAUUUUUGGAAAAAAAUCCUUCUUUGAUUAAGGGAUAUUCACUGAGAGACAUCUAUAAUGCUGAUAAGACUGGCCUGUAUUUUAGGCCUCUACCCAAUAAAAUGCUCGCAUUAAAAAAUGCAACAUUAACAAUUAACAAUAGUACGUGUGGGGCCGUUCUGAAAUCUGUAUUCAAUGACCAAUCUUUUAUUCAAUAAACGCAGUUAUAGCUCAGUACAUUUUUGUUUCAUCACAGAUGGUCAAAG